AUGCCCAGUCACUCGCGAACUCGAGAUCGCAAUUACAACCGCGAUCGUGCUGAGCGGGACUAUUACUCUCGCCAUCGACGAUACAACAAAGACGAUCGAAAUCGCGGUGACGAGGUCGAGGUCGAAAUUGACGACGAUGAAGAUGAUGAACGAGAAGAAUAUAGCCGGCGACAGGAGCGUUUUGCAGCGCGACGGAGUCAAUCACGGGGUUACGAGACAAUUGAAGUUGAGGAAGAAGAAGAUGACGAUGAGGAAGAAGAGGUAGUCGAUAAUUCGCGAUCGCGGCAUAGAUCAGUCCCGCGACAAGUGGCUGAGUAUGACGAUACUCCUCGUACACCGCGACGGAAGAGACCUGAAAGGGAAGAAAGAUACAGAGACGAAUACACCAGUCGGAGAAGGACAAGGGACAAAACGCCAAAAGCAAAGGAGUCUCCCGCAACAUCGCCAAAAAAGAGAUUAGAUCGCGAGGGGUAUAGAAGGAAUACGAGCCGUACUCGGGAAGGGAGUCCCAUUAGAGAAAGACGACAGCGGCAUAGAGAUGACGACGGUAUCAGAGUUGUCGGUGAUAGAGAUCGGCCUCGGGAUGAAGAUCAAGACAGGGAAAUUCGCAGACAACAGCGCCGCAAAGAACGCCAGGACCGGGAACUUGCUGCCCAGAAACAUACGAGUGCGGACUCGACGAAUAGUGCGUCGCAGCUGCUUAGUGCUGAUGCGCUGGCCAAAUUGAACGACUAUUACGAACGGGAGCGAACGAAGACCCGUAAUCAACGAGAUGAUGAUGGCCACAAUAAAAGAAGGGAACGACGCAGGCAGAGGACUCAGGAUAUUACCGCUGUGGAAGACGAGGAUAACCGUAUUCGGGUUGAAAAGAGGAGAGAACGACGACGACCGCCGUCUCAACAACCAGAGCGAAGGCCAAGUUACCACAAAGAAAAGAAGACAUUCUAUGACGACGAUAAUGAUGCCGAGCUCGUUUCUCGUCACAACCAAGGUCGUCGGCUCGUCUCCGGUGCUGUAAUGGAAGAAGGACGUAGUAACAAGUUAUUCUUCUGGAAACGGAUUGGUCGUCGCAAUGAUCCAGCCGCCGAAAAGGACAUUACUGAUUAUCACGAAGAUGAUGGCGACGACGGUCAUGGCGGAAGAGGUGGUGGCGCGUUCUACAAUCGGGGUCUUAAGGAACCUGAUGACGACGACUAUGACCACGUGCCCUUCUGGCGGAGGAAACGCAAUUUGAUCAUUGCUGGAGUUAUCGUGUUGCUCCUCGCUAUCGUUAUACCGGUUGCGAUCAUCGGGUCGAGGAAGAAAAGCAACGGCACAUCGUCCUCCUCUGGCGGUAAUGAUAGUGGUAGUGGUCGUGGUAGCAGCUCGUCGUAUGGCCCGUACAACAGCAGUCUUUCCACUAUAUCCCAGGACAGUAUUCCGGCUUCGGCAAGAGGAACGAUUCUGGAUCCAUUUACAUGGUACGAUACGCGGGACUUCAACCUCACCUACACAAAUGAAACAGUGGGUGGAUUGCCUAUAAUGGGCUUCAAUUCAACGUGGGACGACUCUGCUCAACCAAACAGCAAUGUGCCGGCUCUAAAUAAAAACUUCACAUACGGUACUACUCCUAUUCGAGGGGUCAAUAUCGGGGGAUGGCUAUCGAUUGAACCGUUCAUUACCCCGUCGUUUUUCUCCAAAUACUCCCCGAUAGACGGGGUUAUCGAUGAAUAUACAUUAACCCAAAAACUUGGAUCAGCCGCUGCUGCAACCAUCGAAGAGCAUUAUGCCACGUUCAUCCAGGAGGAAGACUUUGCUGAGAUAGCAGCUGCUGGACUUGACCAUGUCCGUAUUCCGUAUUCAUACUGGGCCGUGACCACGUACGAUGGCGACCCAUACGUUAAGCAAAUCUCAUGGAGAUAUCUGCUAAGAGCUAUUGAGUACUGCCGCAAAUAUGGGCUGCGAGUCAACCUCGACCUCCACGGUCUUCCGGGAAGCCAGAAUGGUUAUAAUCACAGUGGACGACAAGGGCUGAUCAGAUGGCUUAACGGAACAGAUGGCGCCCUCAACGCCCAACGAUCACUCGAUAUUCACAAUCAACUCUCCCAAUUCUUUGCACAACCUCGGUACCAAAACAUCGUCACUAUCUAUGGCCUAGCAAACGAGCCGCCUUUGUUGUCUCUUGACGUAUCCACGGUGCUCAAUUGGACAGUCAGCGCCACCGAAAUCGUCCAGAAGAACGGAAUUAAAGCCAAGAUAUCCAUGGGCGAUGGAUUCUUGAAUCUCGAUAAGUGGGAAUAUAUAAUGAAGACUGAUGUGCCGCCUAACCUGCUGCUGGAUACGCAUCAAUACACCAUUUUCAACAUCAAUGAGAUUAACCUGAAUCACACAGCCAAGAUCAACCUGGUCUGUAAUUCGUGGUUGCCGAUGAUUGGAAAGGUCAAUAGCACGACAAACGGAUUCGGCCAAACGAUCUGCGGCGAAUUCUCUCAAGCCGACACAGACUGCACCCAAUACCUCAACAACGUCAACACCGGCACCCGCUGGGAAGGCACCUUGAGCGGCAGCACAACGCCCGACUGCUACACAAAAUCCAACGAUUGCAGCUGCGCCUCCGCCAACGCAGACGUCUCCAGCUACUCAUCUGACUACAAACUCUGGCUCCAAACCUACGCCGAAGCGCAAUUCUCCGCAUUCGAGACGGCCAUGGGCUGGUUUUAUUGGACGUGGCAAACUGAGUCGGCACCGCAAUGGAGUUAUAAGCAAGCGAGAGCAGCCGGGUUUAUGCCCAAGUUGGCUUAUCAGCCAAAUUUUAAGUGCGGAGCUACAGUGCCGAGUUUUGGGCGUUUGCCGGAAUAUUAUUGA